UCUCUGAACUCAAAACUGGGAAGGAGGCGUUGCCUGCUCUCAGGCUGGAGGCGCGUUCAGGCAUUUGCGGCUUUGUGUCUAAGGCAAUCAAGAAGCUGUAACCAUGUCUGGAAAGCCCAAAUUGUACUACUUGGAUGGAAGAGGCAAGUUGGAGCCAGUACGGUGGCUGUUAGCAGCAGCUGGAGUGGAGUUCGAAGAGGAAUUUCUGGAGACAAGAGAGCAAUACGAGAAGCUGCUUCAAGAUGGAUCCCUCCUGUUUCAACAAAUUCCCAUGGUGGAAAUUGAUGGGAUGAAGAUGGUGCAGACACGAGCCAUCCUCCACUAUAUUGCAGCAAAAUACAACCUCUAUGGGAAGGACCUGAAAGAGAGAGCAUUAAUUGACAUGUAUGUGGAAGGAACAACCGAUCUAAUGACAUUGAUUUUGGUUUACCCUUUCUUAACGCCCGAGGAUAAGGAGAAACAACUUGCUGGAAUCCUUGAAAGAGCAACAAAAAGAUAUCUCCCUGUUUAUGAAAAGGUGCUAAAGGAUCAUGGACAAGAUUUCCUUGUUGGCAACCAGUUCAGCUGGGCAGACAUACACCUGCUUGAAGCUAUUCUAAUGGUGGAAGAAAAGUCCUCCAGUAUUCUGACUGACUUUCCUGAGCUGCAGGCUUUUAAAGCAAGGAUCAGUAACAUUCCCACAAUUAAGAAGUUUCUCGAACCUGGAAGCCAAAGGAAACCUGUGCCCGAUGAUAAAUAUGUGGAGACUGUGAGAAGAGUUCUCCAGAUGUAUCAUGAUGUGAAAGGAAACUUUUAGGAAGGCUAGUGAAAGGAUUUCUGUUGAGCUCCAGAGAAUUACCAGUGCUAAUGCCUCAUAAGGAUGGCUGUCACAAAACCCAUGGUAUUACAUUAGAGACAAGGCCGCUUGUAGGACAUUUGAUAGCUACUAAAUAGACUUCUCAUUGGGGAUCUGCAUUCAUUCGUCCAAACAAAAAAUAUAUAUGAAAGACCCUUAUUCGGGUUUAAGAAGUCCAAUGCAAAUUAAUUUCAAACUUUUAAAAGUUUCUUUCAAUUUUCUCUUUCAUGAUUAUUUUCUUUCAGACAUAUUUUACUUGAAUUUAGUGGUUUAUUCUUUGCAUUGCUUCUUGGCCGUUGGAAAAUGAUGAAAUAAUUUGUCAAGAAGAAAGUUCAUCCGGAGGGGGGAGGACAAUCAGUCAGUUCUGAAAGUGAGAGAGAAGUGUUCCCAUGUGUACCAGGAAUAUAUUUGUCUCAUUUGUAGCCAAAAGUCUGCAUCAUCUGAUUGGUGUUCUUCCACAUCACCCAGCCUCAAUCUUUCCAGGACCCUUCCAAUCACAGUGGGCGAGGGGUGGGUUGUGCAGGCUUUUAAAAGAGGCAGAUAAAAGUGCCUUCCUUUCCUUUAUGUUCAAAGACUCUAGUCCAGGGGUUGCCAGCAUGGUGCCUGUGGGCACACAUGCACCCACAGAGACCUUCAUUGCUGACACUCCUCCUGCUGAAAUUAAGUUUGAAACAUGUUGUAGCCAAUAGGCCAUGGGGUAGAUGUGUGUGCCCAAGAUGGUUUCUCCAAUUUGCAAAUGGCCCCAAAAAGAUUGGUGACCGCUGCUUUAGUCCAUGUCUGUCCUUGCAAAAGCAUUGCAGCCAGAAUCUUGUGGUUAUCUCUCCAAUCCCUUCUAUACCAAUUUCCCAAGCAUUUACCAUUCACCUUUAGUAUGAAUUACUAACAUUAGAUUAGUGUUAGUACUCCUCUCUGUAAGUAAGUGUGUGCAUGUGUGUGCAAGCGCACAAGACAUGCACCUGAUCAGCUUAGCUGGGCUGUGUUGAAAAUUCCCCCCGACCCCAUCUUUUGUUCCUGCCUGGUCCACUCCUGCUAAUCCUUCUUCUGGUAAAUGGUGAUACCUGAGAAUUUCAUGCCAUCUGUAUGCAAAAUGGUUAUGUUUAUUAAAGAGGAUAUGAUCUUUAAUUGAACAUAAUGGGAUAUUUUCUUCUCAAAUGGGCAUCAUCUUCCUUUUUUUUUUUUUACCUUUGCUCAUAAAAUUGGUACCCUUACCCAUUUUUUUCUUUUUCCAAAACUAGCCAGGUACUGUGGCCUGUGAGAGUACUAGAAUUCUUGAAAUUUUCAUGCAGAACUCCAAAACUUUAUAUGUCCAUGUGAGUUCUAAUUAACUGACAAAAGGCCACGGAAUGUUUGAGCCAGGAUUUCAAAUUCAGAAGAAUUUAAAAGGCAUUCUUUUCCCCCCAUCUCUAAAAUGGGCACAAUUUGUCUGAUCUUUCUGAAAUGUGGCAGGUCUGAUGCCCUUGUGGAGUACUACAACCUGUAAACUUCAUGCUAUUUGGCUGCAGCACUCCAGAGUAAAUAGGUGGCAGAAGAGAGGGCUGGAAAGUAAUGGAAAUGUAUCAAACCUAGGAAUCUCAAAUCUCUCUGAAAUUUGGUAAAUUUUAAUCUGUUUAAAAUGUCAACGGUUAUAGGUAGACAGAAGACUACUUCAAAUUAUGCAGUCGAGUUGCCUGCAUUUGGGGAAAUUGCAGGGGUCAGCACUCCCGGAGUGCAGUGGAUGAAAAGUAUUUCCAAAAAAUGAAAGGAAAUCUAACAAAUACAUGAACUAAUUCUGAAUUAACUAAAUAUGAAAAGUUUUACCAAAUUAUAACAAUAUUUUUGAAUUUCAAAUGCAAAAUUAAAACAAAAUUUCCCAUGGAUAUCCUUACUUACUGUGUACUUCUAAUGGUAAUAUGUAGCAAAGGGAGAAUACUAUAUAAAGGACUUACAAUUAGACAUGUUGACUGAUGUUUCUGCUCUUUAAAAUAUGCCUUUUUAUUAAGUGUAUUUUGUGUAUUCUGUUGCAUUGGGUGAAGCAGUAUUUUUCUUCAACCAGAUAGAUAUAUAUUAGAGGGAACAGUGCUGUUCUGCCAAUGGAAGGGGUUUGCUGUGCUGACUUGCUUCCCUUCAUUGCUGGUAUUUGUGAGCUAAGAUGGCAAAGGUUAUAGAAAAUGUAUGAAGACAUUAGAAGUGACACUUAUUUUCAAAUUCCUAUGAAAUCAAAAUAUGCUUGGAUCUCUAAGUCUUCACAGUAUUUUAUCUAACUCCUUAAACUAAAUUCUAUUAUUAUGCUAAACUUAAAUUGAAUAUUACAGAUCAAAUGUUUGUAGCUCUUUUCAUGUUAUGUUGCUACCACAACCUGGAAAACUGUUUUGGUUCCAAUAAACUACUUUUAUUCUUGAA